UGUUGUUCAGAUGGGUGAAGUAAUACUAAAACAAAUUUACAUUAAAAAAUAUCUAAAUACUGCCCAAAUACGUUCGUAAAUUAUUCUGUUUACAUUACUUAAAAAUAUUUAAGAAAAAUGCCAGGACACAAUAGAAUAAUAUAUUCCCUGCACUCAUAUCUCAUCUCUUGAGACCCUAUUGAGAAUUUCCGCUGACUACGUCCAUAUUGCCAAUGCCAGUGUUGUUGUUGUUUUGUGCGGCGUAAUGAGCAGAUUUGUUUGUAAACUUUUACAGAGCGUAAACCAAACAAAUUCGGGCUUCAGAAACCUUUAUUUGUCUGCUAUAAGGUAUGCAGAGGGCGGAUCUGAAGAUGGGAGUCCCGCCCGCACAGUUCUAGUGGAGAAGGACUCUCGUAUAACACUUAUAGGCCUAAAUCGCGAGCAGCAGCGCAAUUCUAUUGAUGCCAACACCGCAGAGCAACUAACUGAAGCCAUCCGCCAAUUUGAAGAGGAUGAUAGUUCCCCAGUAGGUGUUCUCUACGGUAUAGGUGGCUCCUUCUCCGCUGGCUAUGACUUGAAGGAACUGGAGGCGGAGGCACAGCGCGGUAGCCUUAACUUUCUGUUGCGUCACGAGGGCUCAAUUGGACCAACCAGACGGCAUCUCCGGAAACCACUUGUUUGCGGCAUCAGUGGCUUCUGUGUGGCCGGAGGAGUGGAACUGGCACUUAUGUGCGAUCUUCGGGUGAUGGAGGACACCGCCGUUCUGGGAUUCUUCAACCGUCGCUUGGGAGUACCGCUAACUGAUGGAGGAACUGUACGUCUAGCCGCUGCAGUGGGGUACUCGAAUGCCUUGGAUAUCAUUGAAACAGGAAGACGCGUUUACGCAGGGGAAGCCAGGCGAAUGGGCCUAGUAAAUCGCGUUGUAGCCACGGGCACAGCUCUGGGUCAAGCUGUUAAUCUGGCCUUCUCAAUAGCCAAGUUUCCAAUGGCUUCCUUGAUGCACGACAGAAAUGCUUUGUUGGAAAAUGCCAAUGCCUACAACAAACAUGGUUUCCAUGUAGCAAGUUACAAUGAGAUCAUGAAUGUAAGCUCAGAUAUGAUAACAGAUAUGCAGGAGGGCGUAAAGCGCUUCAAGACCUCUGAGAUCAAGGGGCCCAAAACGGAUUCCUGGCAAAUAAAAGAGAAAACCAUUCCAGAGUGGGAAAAGUCAGAAAUCGAGAUCGAAAAGCAAAAGACAUGACAUAGAAUGCUUAUUAAUUAAAUUGUAUAUGAAAUCUCUUGGUUA